UGUUUAUGGGAUUCUGAAGCAUCUCUGCAGCUGGUACGGGCACACCGAGGAGACUCGUUUUAACACUUACGUCUCGCAGCAUCCCACGCCAACGGGGUGAAGACACGUGCACUGCAGACAGGAGUCCAUCCAGGUGUCCCCCAAAUAUGGACGCUGAUAAAUUCAACUAUGUUUUUAGCUGUGAUCUGGAUAUCAACGUUCGACUUAAAAUAGGCAGUUUGGAAGGAAAGCGAGAGCAGAAGAGCUACAAGUCUCUACUGGAAGACCCGCUGCUGCGCUUCUCUGGCCUCUACCAGGAGAACUACUCAGACCUCUAUGUCACCUGUCAGGUGUUCGCUGAAGGAAAGCCUCUCGCCCUCCCUGUUCGUACUUCAUACAAAGCCUUCAGCACUCGCUGGAACUGGAACGAGUGGCUUCGGUUACCGGUCAAGUACCCCGACCUUCCCCAAAAUGCGCAGGUUGCUCUUACAGUUUGGGACAUCUAUGGACCUGGUCGAGCCGUCCCAGUGGGUGGAACCACUGUCAGCUUGUUUGGUAAAUAUGGAAUGUUCCGCCAAGGGAUGCAUGACCUGAAGGUUUGGCCGGGCGUGGAGGGCAGCGGAGAGGAGCCCACAACCACGCCAGGACGCACCAGCAGCAGCCUGGCAGAGGACCAGAUGGGCAGGUUGGCCAAGUUGACGAAGGCCCAUCGACAGGGCCACAUGGUGAAGGUGGACUGGCUGGACCGUUUGACCUUCAGAGAGAUCGAGAUGAUCAAUGAGAGUGAGAAACGUAGUUCCAACUUCAUGUACCUCAUGGUGGAGUUUCCCCGUGUCAAAACAAAUGACAAAGAAUACAGCAUUGUGUAUUAUGAAAAGGAUGGUGAUGAAACGUCACCUGUUCUAAGUACCUGCGACAUUGUGAAAGUCCCUGACCCACAGAUGGGCAUGGAAAACCUUGUGGAGAGCAAGCAUCACAAACUGGCUCGUAGCCUCCGCAGCGGCCCGUCGGAUCACGACCUGAAACCCAAUGCCACCACUCGUGACCAGCUCAAUAUCAUCAUGAGCUACCCUCCAACCAAGCAACUGAGCUCUGAAGAACAGGACCUGGUGUGGAAGUUCAGAUACUACUUGACCACACAGGAGAAGGCGUUGACAAAGUUCCUCAAGUGUGUGAACUGGGAUCUGCCGCAGGAGGCCAAACAGGCUCUGGAGCUGCUGGGGAAGUGGAGACCCAUGGACGUGGAGGACUCACUGGAGCUGCUGUCCUCACACUUCACCAACCCAACAGUCAGGCGCUACGCCGUGACCCGGCUGCAGCAGGCAGACGACGAGGACCUGCUGAUGUAUCUUCUCCAGCUGGUCCAGGCUCUCAAAUAUGAGAACUUCAGUGACAUUCAGGGAGGACUGGAACCAGGCAGCAAGAGAGACGGACAGGGACUGUCAGAUGACUCUGUGCUGGACGGCUCCCAAAUCCUGACCGGCACAUCUGGACCGAGCGCUGCACCGCAGAAAGGCAAAGAAGGAACGGAUGGUGAAAGUCUUGAGCAAGAUCUGUGCACGUUUCUAAUCUCACGGGCGUGUAAGAACUCGAUGCUCGCCAACUACUUGUACUGGUAUGUGAUCGUGGAGUGUGAAGACCAGGACACCCAGCAGAGAGAUCCCAAGACUCACGAGAUGUACCUCAACGUCAUGAGGCGCUUCAGUCAGGCUUUGCUCAAGGGAGAUAAGAGUGUGCGGGUGAUGCGUUCACUGCUGGCGGCUCAGCAGACUUUCGUGGACCGACUGGUGCAGCUGAUGAAAGCUGUGCAGCGGGAGAGUGGAAACCGCAAGAAGAAGACGGAGCGGCUGCAGGCUCUGCUGGCUGACAACGAGAAGGUGAAUCUUUCCGAAAUCGAGCCAAUUCCUCUUCCUCUGGAGCCUCAGGUCCGGAUCAGGGGAAUCGUCCCUGAGACGGCCACACUCUUCAAGAGCGCUCUGAUGCCAGCAAAGCUGAUCUUCAGAGUGGAGGACGGAGCCACGUACACAGUCAUCUUCAAACACGGAGACGACCUGAGACAGGACCAGCUCAUCCUGCAGAUCAUCUCGCUCAUGGACAAACUGCUGAGGAAAGAGAAUCUGGACCUGAAACUGACUCCUUACAAGGUUUUGGCCACCAGCACCAAACAUGGGUUUAUGCAGUUUGUGCAGUCUGUUCCUGUUGCUGAGGUUCUGGCAACUGAAGGCAACAUUCAGAGCUUCUUCAGAAAGCACGCACCGAGCGAGAAGGGCCCGUACGGGAUCAGCUCCGAGGUGAUGGACACCUACGUGAAGAGCUGCGCCGGUUACUGUGUCAUCACGUACAUCCUGGGAGUCGGAGACAGACACCUGGACAAUCUGCUGCUGACAAAGACAGGGAAACUGUUCCACAUUGACUUUGGUUACAUCCUGGGCCGAGACCCCAAACCGCUGCCGCCGCCCAUGAAGCUGAGUAAGGAGAUGGUGGAGGGGAUGGGCGGCAUGCAGAGCGAGCAGUACCAGGAGUUCAGGAAGCAAUGUUACACCGCCUUCCUGCACCUCAGGAGAUACUCCAAUCUGAUCCUGAAUCUUUUCUCGCUCAUGGUGGAUGCUAAUAUUCCUGAUAUCGCUCUGGAGCCUGACAAGACGGUUAAGAAGGUGCAGGAUAAGUUCCGCUUGGACCUGUCGGACGAGGAGGCGGUGCACUACAUGCAGAGUCUGAUUGACGAGAGCGUCGGCGCACUGUUUGCCGCUGUGGUCGAGCAGAUUCACAAGUUCGCUCAGUACUGGAGGAGAUGAGCGUGUCCUGCUGGAGGGACGGCACGGUGCGGCUCUGACCGGCUGAUUGACAGCAGAAAGAAGAAACACUGUAGACGGGCCAAACGUGCACUGCCAACAUUCACUGCAACACACUGAUGUCUGUCCUGUAAAUAUGUACAUUAAUUAUUAAACGUAUGGCCAAAUAAAACCUGUUGACAGAA